AUGGCUAAGAAGGGAGGGCUUUUGUCCUUUGAUGCUUUCUCUAAGACUGUGGAAGAUGCCAGAGUCAAGACUACCUCUGGUGGGUUAAUCACAGUGACGUGUAUCUUAACGCUAUUCUCAUUAAUUAUAAAUGAAUGGAGACAAUUCAACGAAAUUACAAUUGAUCCAGAAUUGGUUGUGGAUAGAGAUCGUAAUUUGAAAUUGGAUAUAAAUUUGGAUGUCACCUUCCCAGACUUACCAUGUGAUAUCAUGUCUUUAGAUAUAAUGGACGUUAGUGGUGAUUUACAAUUAGAUGUUACCAAUUAUGGUUUUACAAAGAUAAGGUUGACUGAAACUGGUGAGGAAAUUGGUGAAGAAGAAAUGAAAAUUGGUGAUGAUCAUGGUCAUGCUGAUGCUGAUAUUCCAGCUGAUUACUGUGGUCCAUGUUAUGGUGCUAAGAAUCAAGAUAAAAAUGAAAAUAAACCACAAGAGGAAAAAGUGUGUUGUAAUGAUUGUGAUAGUGUAAGAAAAGCUUAUGCAUCAGUUGGUUGGGCUUUCUUUGAUGGUAAAAAUGUCGAACAAUGUGAAAGAGAAGGUUAUGUUAAGAAAAUCAAUGAUCGUCUAGGUGAAGGUUGUAGAGUUAAAGGUACUGCUAAAUUGAAUAGAAUUAAUGGUAAUAUUCAUUUUGCUCCAGGUGCAAGUUAUAGUGCACCAAAUAGACAUGUUCAUGAUUUAUCACUAUAUGGUAAAAAUAAAGAUUUCAAUUUCCGUCAUGUCAUUAAUCAUUUCAGUUUUGGACCAGAUGUCAACUCUAAAUAUACUGCUGAGACUUUAGAAUUAUCAAGUCAUCCAUUAGAUGGUACUAAUGCAAUUCAAGGUAGUAGAGAUCAUUUAUAUUCUUACUUCUUAAAAGUGGUUCCAACAAGAUAUGAAUAUUUGAAUGGUACUAAAGUGGAAACAAAUCAAUUCAGUUCAACUUAUCAUGAUCGUCCAUUGACUGGUGGUCGUGAUGAAGAUCAUCCGAAUACAUUCCAUGCAAGAGGUGGUAUUCCAGGUUUAUUCUUCCAUUUUGAAAUGUCACCAUUAAAAAUCAUUAAUAAAGAAACUUAUGGUACUUCAUGGAGUGGAUUUUUACUAAAUGUUAUCAGUGCAAUUGGUGGUAUUUUAACUGUUGGUGCUGUUGUAGAUAGAACCGUCUUUGUUGCUGAUAAAGUUAUAAGACGUAAGAAGGACAAAUGA